AUGUCGGAAGAUUUGACCAAGAAAACCGAGGAAUUGUCUUUGGACAACGACAAGACCGUUUUGAGCAGCAAGGAGGAAUUCACUGCCAAGCACCCAUUGAACUCCAAGUGGACCUUGUGGUACACCAAGCCUCAGACCAACAAGUCUGAAACAUGGCUGGACUUGUUGAAACCAGUCAUCACAUUCCAGUCCGUGGAGGAAUUCUGGGGAAUCUACAACUCCAUCCCUGUGGCCAACCAAUUGCCUUUGAAGUCGGACUAUCACUUGUUCAAGGAAGGUAUCAAGCCAGAGUGGGAAGAUGAGCAGAACGCCAAGGGAGGCAGAUGGCAAUUUUCCUUCAACAACAAGAGAGAGAUUGCCCAGGUGAUCAACGACUUGUGGUUGAGAGGCUUGUUGGCCGUGAUUGGCGAGACCAUCGAGGACGACGAGAAUGAGGUCAACGGUAUCGUGUUGAACGUUAGAAGAGCUAACUUCAGAGUGGCCAUCUGGACCAAGGACUGUGACGAGUCUAAGUUGGUGACUAUUGGAGAGAGAUUCAAGAAGGUGUUGAAGUUGGCCGACGACCAGAAGCUCGAGUUCAUGUCCCACGACACUUUCAACGCCAAGGGUAACGCACAGAUCACUGUGUAA